AUGGCUGCAAAGAAUGUAUGCGAUACUGUGCUGGAGAAGGUCUUCCAUGCUAACAAUGGAGCUCGUAAAGAGAAAGUCGAGGCUUUGCGGAAACGCGCCGAAGAGACCUCAGUGAACCAACACAUCGAAGAUGAUCCGUCGGUGAGAGAAUGGCUUCGAGACCAGGUACCUACACGAGCAGGUGCUGCUCGAUAUGCUCGCAAUCUCUUCCCGUCGGUGGGUUGGACGCGCCGAUACAACGUUCACUGGAUGCUGGGGGAUGCUAUCGCUGGUCUAACGGUGGGACUUGUCGUUGUUCCGCAGGCAAUGGCAUAUGCUCUGCUAGCAAGACUGACACCAGAGUAUGGCCUCUACACAUCAUUCACCGGUGCAGCUCUGUACUGGGUCUUCGGUACAUCCAAAGAUAUCGUGAUCGGGACCACUGCAGUUGGCUCACUACUAGUCGGCGGCGUUAUCAGCAAAGUAGAGGCUGAGAAGCCUGGAGUAUACCACCCUCAAGAGGUAGCACAUGCACUUUCAUUUCUUGCCGGAGCCAUCAUACUUGUCCUAGGUCUCCUUCGUUUAGGAUGGGUCAUCGAGUUUAUUCCAUACGUUCCUAUUUCUGCGUUCGUUACCUCCGCCAGUAUCACUAUCAUGUCAACGCAGAUACCGGUAGUUCUAGGCAUAAGCGGCAUCAAUACAAGAGAAGCACCGUACCGUGUCCUGAUAAACACGUUUAAGAGUCUUCCCAAAGCGAAACUUGAUGCCGCCAUUGGACUGACCUCGAUUGCGCUCCUCUUCAUCAUCCGAGACGCCUGCGCCAAAAUGGAAAUCCGUCAGCCAAGCAAGAAACGUGUAUGGGCCAUGCUGAAUUCUCUCCGACUAACCUUCACGAUUCUACUAUAUACAUUCAUCUCUUGGCUAGUCCAUCGAAGCCUUCCCGAGGGCCAUUCCAGGUUCCGUAUCGUGGGAAAGAUUGAGCCUGGCUUCAAGCAUGCCAGCGUGCCAAAGAUGGACCCCGAACUAUUCGGCCUUGUAGCCGCUGAACUGCCAGCCAUCGUGAUCAUUCUCAUCGUUGAGCAUAUUGCUAUCGCGAAAUCUUUUGGUCGCAUCUUUGGCUACACCGUUAUACCAUCGCAGGAGAUGGUCGCUCAAGGCGUAGCGAACAUCUUGAGUCCCUUCGUUGGAGGAUAUGUCUGCACUGGCUCAUUUGGAGCGUCUGCUGUUCUCUCCAAGGCGGGGGUACGGACGCCACUCGCAGGGUUGUUUAGUGCCAUGAUUCUGAUUCUGGCGCUGUACGCACUUACUUCAGUGUUCUAUUACAUUCCCAUGGCAGCACUCGCGGGCCUCAUUAUCCAUGCUACAUGUAAUUUGAUAACCCCGCCGCAGUCGCUGUACAAGUAUUGGAAACUGUCGCCGCUGGAACUUCUCAUUUGGGUGGUUGGCGUCAUUCUGGCGUUGUUCUCCUCGUUGGAAACAUCAAUUUACACCACUAUUGUACUGUCCUUCGUUCUGCUCUUAGUCCGCUUGGCCAGAACUCCUGGAAGCUCCCAGGGCCGGGUUCGCGUAAGUCGAACAGGACCUUCACCUUUUGGCGGGGAAGACAUUGCGGCGCGGUCGUGCUCGCCCAGCUCGGAAAAUAAGCGUGACGACGACCAUGGGCGCGACGUAUACGUACCUUUGGCAGGGAAAUCGAGCAUGAACCCUAAGAUCAAGAUCGAGCCGCCUCAUCCCGGCGUCUUCAUCUACCGUUUUCACGAGAAUUUCAACUACAUCAACGUGGCUCAGCACAUGGAACACAUUACCAGCUAUAUCUACGCCCACACGCGCCGCACCCAUGCCGAUGACGGCGUGCCUCUCAAGGACCGCCUAUGGAACGACGCCCCCUCCUCAUCAAAAGACACAGAAGCCAUGAAAUCGCGCCCGCUCCUCCGCUCCGUCGUCCUCGACUUCUCCGCCGUCAAUAUCAUCGAUAUCACCAACAUCCAAGGCCUCAUCGACCUCCGCAACACACUUGACCGGUACGCCGCCCCCAGCAUCGUCGAAUGGCACUUCGCCGGCAUCCAGAACCAAUGGACGCGCCGCGCGCUGGCCUUCGCUGGGUUCGGAUACCCGGGCAGCCCCGAGGCGAUCGGCAAUUGGAAGCCCGUGUAUACGGUUGCGACAUCGCUCGCGGGCGCUACGCAGGAGGAUCGGAAACGAAGGGCUAGUUUGGUGGGCAAGAUGCAGGAGUUGGAUGAGGAGAGGAGGUCUGGUGGGGCAAGGCCGCUGCAGGGUGAGGGCAAGAAGGUGGCGAAGAGUGAGGUCCGUUCGGAGGUCGAUGAGGAUGAGAAAAGGGGGGAGUAUGAACCGCUUUAUGGGGUUGAUCGGCCAUUCUUUCAUCUUGAUCUUACCGAUGCGGUGGAUGCGGCGGUCAGAGAUGCAAAGAGGAGAGAUGAGAUUGAAAGGGCUGCGAGGGAUAGUGAAUCAGUCGAGAACGAACGGUGA